CUGAUCAUGGUCACGUGUCAGGAACCGGAAGCCUUGGUUAUAAAGUAAAGGAAGCCAAAAGCUGCGCCGAAUUUUCUUCUCCUACUUGUACUUACCGCUUCGUAUAAAACUAAGCUAAAACCAGUUGCCUACCGGCUUUGUGUCACCUUCGCCAUGUCCCUUAGCGAUGCUGAUGUACAAAAGCAGAUUAAGCAUAUGAUGGCUUUUAUUGAACAAGAAGCCAAUGAGAAAGCUGAAGAAAUAGAUGCAAAGGCAGAAGAAGAAUUCAACAUUGAGAAGGGUAGGCUCGUGCAAACCCAGAGACUGAAGAUAAUGGAGUACUAUGAGAAGAAGGAGAAGCAGAUCGAGCAGCAGAAGAAAAUUAAGAUGUCCAACUUGAUGAAUCAAGCAAGGCUGAAAGUCCUCAGAGCAAGAGAUGAUCUUAUCACUGACCUGCUAACUGAAGCAAAGCAGAGACUCAGCAAGGUGGUAAAAGAUACAACCAGGUACCAAGUACUACUGGAUGGACUGGUGCUCCAGGGUUUGUACCAGCUGUUAGAGCCCCGAAUGAUUGUGCGGUGCAGGAAGCAAGAUUUCCCUUUGGUAAAGGCUGCAGUGCAAAAAGCAAUCCCUAUGUACAAAAUUGCCACCAAGAAAGAUGUUGAUGUUCAAAUUGAUCAGGAGGCCUACCUGCCUGAGGACAUAGCUGGGGGAGUUGAAAUCUAUAAUGGGGAUCGCAAAAUAAAAGUCUCCAACACCCUGGAGAGCCGGCUGGAUCUCAUAGCCCAGCAGAUGAUGCCAGAGGUUCGGGGAGCCUUGUUUGGUGCAAAUGCAAACAGGAAGUUUCUGGACUAGCUUGGAGAGGUGGAGUUUGUCCUGUGCGCCAUCUGAAGAAGCAAGGUUCUCUGUGUGGCUUCCUCUCCGCUGCCCCUCCACGGUUCCACCUUUACCCUUGACGCCGCCUUUUGGUAGCAGUGGGAGGGGCUCACUCAGUGUGCACCCCUCAGCCUGUCGUGCCCCCACCCCACCCCGCACUCCUCCCCUGUCUAGAGCAACACGCAUGCUGGCCCUGUACUUUAAGUGGAAGCUGUACCCCUCCCCACAGUACGUUACCUCUUUAGGCCUAGAAGUUUUCCUCGUCUGUAAAUGUGAUUUAAAAACUAAACCAUGAAAAUUCUUUAUUUAUUAAAACAAAAGGUUUAUGUGGA